ACGCUCAGUUGAGUUGGCGGUCCUCUUCUUUCAACGAAGUUUUCUCUGCUUUCUCUUUCUGGAACAACGACGAAUCUCUCUACUUUUCUUCACAAAAUCUCAGAAACCCUGUGAUCUUCGACCUGCCUUUGCCAUCUUUUUCCACUCUCAUCUGCCAUAUCUGAAGCUACCUCAACUCAAUUAGGGUGAUGGCUCAGUUCCAUGCUGACGAGUUGGAAUAUAUUGUUGAUGAUUUUUAUGAUAUGGAGGACUUUGAUGCCAAUCCUUUUGAGGAUAAUGAGCAACAACAAAGGGAUGAUAUAGAUUCAGACUUUGAAGAUAAUGUUGAUUUGGAUAAGCAGAAGGGUGAUACUUCUUCCUAUGAAGUGAGAAAUGGAAAAGAUAUUCAGGGGAUUCCAUGGGAGAGGAUGAAUUUUACUAGGGAGAAAUACCGUGAGACCAGAUUGAAGCAGUACAAAAAUUAUGAGAACCUUUCACAGUCUCGUUCUGAUUUGGAGAAGGAAUGCAAGAAGGUUGAGAACGGAAGCACUUUUUAUGAUUUCCAGUUCAAUACAAGACUUGUCAAGUCAACAAUUGUGCAUUUUCAGCUGAGGAAUCUCCUCUGGGCCACAUCGAAGCAUGAUGUCUACCUCAUGCAAAACUACUCCGUCAUGCAUUGGUCGUCUCUGCUACGUAAAGGCACGGAAGUCCUUAAUGUGACUGGACCUCUCACACCCACUCAGAAGCGGCCAGGAUCACUUGCACAAAACCUUAGUAGGGUACAGAUAAGCACCAUGGCUGUGAGGGACAAUUUAAUGGUGGCUGGGGGUUUCCAAGGGGAGCUCAUUUGCAAGUACCUAAACCGCCCUGGGGUGAGCUUCGCUACAAAAUUAAGCAACGACGAGAAUGCAAUUACUAAUGCAGUAGAUAUUUACCGUAGCUCCAAUGGUUCAAUGCGGUUGAUGACUGCUAGCAAUGACUCCUAUGUUCGGGUUUUGGACACAGAGAACUUCAGCAUGCUCAAUCGCUUGAUGUUUCCAUGGUCUGUGAAUAAUACAUCUGUUAGUCCUGAUGGUAAACUCCUCGCUGUCCUUGGGGACAGCUCUGAGUGCUUGUUAGCUGAUAGUCAAACUGGAAAGACCCUUGGGACUCUAAAGGGCCAUUUAGACUACUCUUUUUCAUCAGCAUGGCACCCUGAUGGUCGUAUCCUGGCCACCGGCAAUCAAGACACGACCUGCCGCUUAUGGGACAUCAGGAAACCCUCGACUGCCUUUGCAGUGCUCAAGGGAAGGAUGGGUGCCAUAAGAGCCCUCAAGUUCACAUCAGAUGGUCGUUUCUUGGCCAUGGCUGAGCCUGCUGAUUUUGUUCACAUUUUUGAUGCGAAUUCAGGCUACGGAAGAAGCCAGGAGAUUGAUUUGUUCGGUGAAAUUGCUGGGAUCUCGUUUAGUCCCGACACAGAGGCACUAUUUGUGGGUGUGGCUGACCGGACAUAUGGCAGCUUGCUAGAGUUCAACAGGAGGAGACGCAAUUUCUAUAUUUACUCUAUCUUAUGAGAGCGCGCUUUCGUGAUGAUGGCCUGGUGGUGCUGAGGCUUCUGUUUGGAGAAGCAUGGUGACUUACUGUAUAUUGAUAGAAAAAGAGGAAGAUGAAGUGCACUAUAUAAGUGGAAGAUGAAGUGCAUUGUAUGUAGUGCGUGUGAAGAGUGAGAAAGUCGAGCCGGAGUAGGAAAACAUUGUUCAGGUGUCGGGCUUUUUGAUUGAUUUUGAGGGAGUUUAUGCUGAAGAUUUCAGUGAAGUCGGAGAUCUCAUGGAUCAUGCAAUGCUUCUCGUUGUUUUCAUGAGAGAACAUUGGUAUGGUCUUAGUGAAGAAUCGAGCCCGAGCUUGAAGAUGACUCUGUCAAUUUAGGUCGAGCCUUUAUGUGAGUUUUUGCUAAUCGUGGUGUGAUUUUUUCGACCAAGGAAAAGUGCGACUGACCUUUACAUGUUUUUCAUUUUUUUAUUUUUCUUAAAGAAUGUGCAUGGAGAAGGGUACGAGGGAGGGUCUGUUAUGUACAUAAUAGUAUGUGGAGUUUAGGGAGGGUCUGUUAUGUACAUAAUAGUAUGUGGAGUUUUGAAGAUUGUUACUAGUGGAAAUUAUAGUUGUGCAUGUCAUAUUUGCUCUCUCUUUUUUUUUUUGGGUGCGUCAGUGGGAGAGAGCAGUCGACUUGACUUUCAUUAUAUGUAAUAUUCAUGGUGGGAGAGAGCUCUCGACUUCCAUUAUAUGAAUAUUCAUAUCAAAUCUUGUGUACAGAAGGGUGGGAUGCCAAUGUUUACGAUCUGUCUGUGCAAGGGAUAUAGAUCUUUUUAUUUUGAUUA